AGUUGACAGACAUGAACAGCUCAGAGCCCAACAACCUGAAAACGGAUGAAGAAAAGUCCAGCCAGGCUCCUGAAGACAUGAAGGAUGAAAACAAAGUGAAACACCUGGAGAGCUUAUUGGAAGAAUUGGGCGAGUGCUCCUUGUCCAAGUCAGAGAUUCUCAAUAAGCUUCUGAGCAAUUCUCAGCAGUACCACGACACCUUUGUUCACCACAACAUGGAGUGUGGUGACAGUCCAAGAAGAAUUUCCAAUGGACUGACUGAAAUUACUUGGUAUCUUCCUGGUGGAAACACAAACAUUGACAUUUUCAGUCAGCCAGUGGCUGUAGCUAACCUUCAUGGAGACAUUGCUUCAUUUGAAACACAAUACUCCUUUUUGUGUCAGACAUCUGCAGCAGUUUUUUUCUUCGUUGAUCAUUUGGAUUCUGAGUCUGAGUCUGUGAUCAAUCUGCUUAAAAGCAAGAACAAAAAAGCACAGAUCUUCUUAGUGGGAAAUUAUGAGAGAGAAAGCUUCAAUUUAGAUGCUUUGGAAAAAGUAGCAACUGAGUUGGAUUUAACUGAAAACAACAUCAUUAUUAAGACAAAGGAGAAAAAUGAUGCAGACUUUGUAAAAGAUUUGAGGAAAACUGUCAGAAAUGUGGUUGAGAAAUCAGAGCUGAAGAUGAAAAUAGAGAAGAUGGUGGACGCUGCCCAUGAAUCCUGGUUGAUGAAGACUCUCCAGAGACUUCGACAUGUUGGGUCUAAAAAUGUAGAUGAUUACAAAAGUGAUCUUCAGAAACAGAAAAAAGAACUGCGGCAAAAGCAGAACUCAUAUAAGAUGUCAACAGCUAUGACAAACUUCAUCACAGGGAUAUCAAGGUCAGGAACAGAGAGGUUUUAUUUCCUGAAAUGGAUGCAAAUGAACCUCGAUAAUGUGUCUCGUAUAAAACUGUCUGAACUCAGGGAGAAAUAUAAAGAAAAAUGUGAAAACUCUGAAAACAAAGAGGAGAUCAAAGAAAUUGAUAAACAAAUUUCCAACAGCUCACUGGGGAUUGAACACUUCUUCCGUGAAAUGGGUCAGAUCUAUGAAGCUUCACUGUCCCUUCCAAAAACAGACAGAUCACGUCAACAAUUGCACCAUCUGCCCAAACUGUGUGCAAAGUUGUUGCUUGAUGGAUUUCCUCUUGAGCUGGUAGAUGGAGAUGCAUCCAACAUCCCUCUCAGAUGGGUGAGUGAUGUUCUCUCUCAGCUCAGUGACCUGGUGUCUCCAAACAGAAAGAUACGAGUAGUCACAGUUCUUGGAGUUCAGAGCACAGGAAAGUCCACUCUCCUUAACACCAUGUUUGGAGUGCAGUUUGCAGUCAGCAGUGGUCGAUGUACUCGAGGUGCCUUUAUGUUGCUCAUCAAAAUCAAUGAAAACUUCAAAAACAUCCUAAACUGUGACUUCAUGCUGAUCAUUGACACUGAGGGCUUAAAGUCACCAGAACUUGCACAACUGGACAACAGCUAUGAGCACGACAAUGAGCUUGCAACACUUGUUGUGGGACUGAGUGAUGUCACCAUUGUCAACAUUGCAAUGGAGAAUUUAACUGUAAUGAAGAACAUCCAACAAAUAGUUGCGCACGCUUUUCUCAGGAUGAAGGAGGUGGGCAAAAAGCCUAAAUGUCAGUUUGUUCACCAGAAUGUGUCGGAUGUUUCAGCCCAUGAAAACAACUUACGAGACAGGAAACUGCUCCUGGAUCAGUUAAAUGAGAUGACUCAGGCAGCAGCCAAAAUGGAAAAGAAAGAGGGGAACAAGAGCUUCACUGAUGUGAUGGAGUACAGUCCAGACACUGGGAACUGGUACAUUCCUGGACUGUGGAAUGGAAACCCACCAAUGGCACCAGUUAAUACAGGAUACAGUGAGGCUGUAUAUGAGCUCAAGAAAAACAUCAUCCAACUAGUGAGAGACUGUGAAUCAUCUGCUAAUGAUAUCAUGGAGUUUAAUGAGUGGGUGAAAAGCCUGUGGAAUGCAGUAAAGCAUGAAAACUUCAUCUUCAGCUUCAGAAACAGCCUCGUAGCUGAUGCAUACAUGAAGCUCUGCACAGAGUUCAAUAAAUGGGAGUGGGAGUUCAGAAAAGAAAUGUACACCUGGGUAAGAGAUGCAGAAACUAAAAUUUACAAUUUUGGUACCAUUGCAGCAAAAUCUGAAACAUCUGACAUGAGAGAAUUUCUGAUAUCUUUGAAAAGUGAAGCCUCCACAGUGCUGUCUGCAUGGGAGACAAAGAUUCUGAACAAUCUGACACAAUAUUUUGAACAAACAGAGGGUCAUGUGUCUCUAGUUGAAGGAUACAAAGAGGAAUUCUCAAACAGUGCAAAGAUCCUUCGUCGUGAAAUGUAUCAGCUUGAAGCAGCAGCAGAAAUCAGACAGGGAAUGACAGAAAUUAAUAAAAUCAAAGAAAGUCACAGAAAAGAGAUUGAAAAAGCAGAGAUCCUCCACAUGAUUGAUGUGACUCUCCAAAACAAUCAAGAUGUCAAGAUAAACAUCAAGUUUGAAGUUUCGCUAAAACAGCACAUCUGUGGAUUUGCAGCCAGAGAGUUUCAGAAAAUGCACGAAGAUUUCAUAGAAGAAAAUGAUCCAUACAGAUGUCUGACUAAAAACAAGGAAAAGUUUCAUGAUGAUUUCAAAGAUGUGUUUCAUGAACAAGACCAGUGCCAGAAGAAGGCAGAAGAAUUCACAAAUCGAUGCUUGAAGCCUGCUGUUGAAGACUUUGUUAAUCGCUCCCUGGGCCCUGAUAUCAUUGAUGAAAUGAGGAAACUCGAGCAGUUCAGCACAAGAAUGUCCUUCCAGUAUUCAAUUUUACUGGAUUUGCUCUCCAAGGAUGAUUUUCAAAACUAUGUGAGCUACAUUCGCUCAUAUGAGAAGUAUGUAAAAACAUGGAUACUUGAACAGAUAAAGAAGCGCUUCACAAAUGAGUCGACAGGUUUUGAGUUUGAGGAGCGACAUUUAUGGUCAUGUAUUGACAGCAUAAAUUCUGCCAUUGAAAAGGCCAAAACCAGAGAGCGUGAUGACUUCAAGGCUUUUGUUGAAGACAUUUGUAAAGAACUUGGUGAUAAACUGGUCAUUUCCCAGGAUGCUCUUGGUGCUUUCAUGCUACUGAACAAUGCUGACAAGGAACAGUUUGCUGGCUGUCUCACAACAUCUGUGAGUGACUUAGAAAAAGCUCUCAGAAGAGCUUUAGAUGUGGUCUGCCCAUCUGCUGCUGCAUUUGGCAGAGCUUCUUUGCUGUUGUGCUAG